CAGACGUGUACUUUGGGCAGCUGCUCGGAGGUGCGAGAUGCGCUCGGUCGGGCGCCGCUGUGUAACUACCCUUUCGCCGAUCAAAUUUCAUCGAUUUGAUUAGGAAAAGCCGAGCACGCGAUUGGGAUUGCACGAGGCGUGUGCAGUAGAAAUCUCGGACGAGGGGAACGAGGCAAUAGGUGGCCGAUUCGACAAGGAGAGACGAAAUAGAAGCAACGAGCCCAACGAGAGACGCUUCGGGUAUAAUAUAGGAGCGGAGCGAGUAAGGAUGAUGCGGAGGAGUCGUCUCAUCUUCGGGAUGCUGGCGAUCGCCGGGGGACUCUUGAACACGGCGAUCGGCCAAUUCGACUCGCCGCCACACAUUAUCGUCUUCAUGGCCGAUGAUCUGGGCUGGAACGACGUGGGUUUUCAUGGCUCGACGCAAAUACCGACACCGAACAUCGACGCCUUGGCCUACAACGGGAUCAUUCUGAACAAGCACUACGCGCUGCCCUCGUGCACGCCAACCAGGGCGGCUUUUCUCUCCGGCAAAUACCCCAUAAGGAUGGGUAUGCAAGGAGCCGGUAUACUGGGUGGUGAGCCCCGGGGGAUUCCCUUGAACGUGCGCAUUCUGCCCGAGUACCUGCAGGGCCUCGGCUACGACACGAAACUGAUCGGCAAGUGGCAUGUUGGUUACCACACGCCGAGGCACACGCCCACUCGCCGCGGCUUCGAUUACUUCCUUGGUUUUUACAACAGCUACAUCGGUUACUACGACUACCGUUACCUGCAGGGUAACAUGUCGGGCUUCGACAUGCACGCCAACGAGAGCCCGGCCUACGGGACCGAGGGCCAGUACGCGACGGACCUCUUCACCGCGACGGCCCUCGAAGUGAUAAGCCGGCACGACGUGCUCAGGCCGCUCUACCUCCAAGUUUCGCAUCUUGCGCCCCACGCGCCCCUCGACACGCCCUACUACGGCAUCGACAACGACGAGUUUUUGCACAUCGGCGAGUCCAACAGACGAGCUUACGCCAAGAUGGUGGCGAGGCUGGACGAGUCGUUGGGCCGGAUAGUGUCGUCCCUGGGUGACAAGGGCAUGCUGAGGAACUCGGUGAUCGUGUUCAUGAGCGACAACGGGGCCGCGCCGAUCGGCAAGUUCCGCAACUUUGGCUCGAACUGGCCGCUCCGAGGGACCAAGUACACGCUGUUCGAGGGUGGGGUGCGCAGCGUCGCGGCGAUCUGGUCGCCUCGGCUGAUCAGCACGGCCAGGGUCUCGGACCAGCUGUUCCACGUGACGGAUUGGCUUCCCACGCUGUACUCGGUGGCUGGCGGUGAUUUGCGCGAUCUCGGGCAGAUCGACGGCGUCAACCAGUGGGACGUGUUGAGCAUCGGGACCGGCCACGUGCGCGAUCGGCUGCUACUCAAUAUCGACGAGGUCACCAGGACCGAGGCCGCCAUCUAUCAGCGCUUCAAGUUCGUCAGAGGGUCGCUGUUCCGCGGGUACUACGACAACGCCGAGGGGGAGACGGGCCGCGGGCGUAACGCGCCGAUCUACAACACCACGAGGAUCCUGAAGAGCGCGGUGUCGGACGCCAUACGCGAGCACCUCGGGGUACCGGUGACCCAGGAAAGCGGCAUGUGGCACCUGCAGUCCCAAGCGACCGUACUCUGUCGGCCCAACAUGACCAAUCCGCACUACACCAAUCGCUACUACGCCUCGUGCAACGAGUCCGAGUGCCUCUUCGAUCUGAGCGUCGAUCCCUGCGAGACCAACAACAUCGCCAAGAGCUACCCCAGAUGGGUGGCCGAGCUGGAUCUGCUGAUAAAGCAGUACAACACCGUGAAAAUCCCGCAGCUGCGACUACCGGUAGAUUACCGAGCCGAUCCCAAGUACUGGAACUACACGUGGCAGCCGUGGCUGGACCUGUACGACAGCUACUACAGCUCGUACAACGCCGGGGCGGCCAUAGGCACGGUGGCCGUGUGCGCCCACGUGGCCCUGUUUCUCGUGAUUGUCGGCUUGCGCGUCUUCAUCUGACUUCGCGACAACCCGACUUCGGCGAUCCACCGGUGCGAGUUUUGCGGCUGCCGAGGGGAACGCGAUGCUGAUGACGAUGAGCGCGAGGAGACGAGCGUCACCGAUGCCAAUUCCACGAGAGUGCAUCAGGCAUCGGAGCGCCGAGCGAGCGGUUGAGCCGAUCCAUAGGACUCUCUUGUUGCAUUGCGUUUCAUCGCAAAGGCGUGAAGAAUCAUUGGUGCGCGACUACAAAAUGCUGCGUGGAAAAUCUGGGCGAUAAUACUCG